AUGAUGAUUUUUCUUGCUGCAGUUGACAAUGGCUUCGACGCCGAUGAAGAUGAAGAUUUUGUCCUCGAUGAAUCAAACGAUGCAAUUGUUCCUCCUCGUUGGUCAACUUCUCCUCCCCCAUCUCUCUUUCACAACCCACUUCCGAGCUCGAAGCCUGCUUCUACAACUUUUAAUUACUGGGAUGAGGAUGAAUUCGAGGGGGUUCCUCAACAUUCAACCUCAGAAACUCUAGAAAUUACGGUAACUGUUGUGUACAAUAAGGACACGAGCCCGCUGAAGUUGAAUUUGGGUGUUGGUGCUUAUCGGACAGAGGAAGGAAAACCUCUUGUUUUGAAUGUCGUUAGAAGAGCAGAGCAAAUGCUAGCAGAGACAUUGGAGGACUUGUACGAGUGGAAGACAGCUCUAGAACAUGCUCUCGCACAAGCGCCAAGUGUCAUGCUUGUGAUGGAACACAACGGGAAUUUAGGAGUGACACUAGUGAUACAAUUGAACGAUCCUUCCAUCAACGUUGAUUCAGGGAGGAAUAAGCACCCAGUGAAAUCUUUGGUUGUUGGACGCCAAAUUUUGCUUGCAUUGGAGGAUAUAGAUGGAGGCCCAUCCUUCCUUGAAAAAGCACUUCGAUUUCUCGAGAAACACGUUGACCAGGCAACCUCUUUCAUCGUGCACCAGAGCUGCUUCUUUCCUAUGACAAUUAUGGAACCUAUAUUGACAUCUGGUCCGUAG